CCCCCGUCUUCCCUCGCUCUGCACAUCAACCACCCACCCCGACUCUCCUCAAGUCUGAACAGGCUCCUCUGCUCCGUCUUCAAAAGUUCGAUCGACCGUUUCCUGCUCCUCGCUCGCAGCUAGCUCUCCGGCCAUGGCCUUCAAUUCCCCCUUCGACUGCCUCCUCAUCGACCUCGACGACACGCUGUACCCGGGCAACACCGGCAUUGGCCCGGCGCUGAGGCGCAACAUCGACGAGUUCCUUGUGGCCAGGUUCGGCCUCGCCGCCGACAAGGCCGCCGCGCUCCGCGCCGACCUCUUCCGCUCCCACGGCAGCACCCUCGCCGGCCUCAUCGCGCUCGGCCACGACGUGCACCCCGACGAGUACCACAGCUACGUGCACGGGAGGCUGCCCUACGACGUGAUCGCCGCCGACCCGCAGCUCGCCGCCGCGCUCCAGAGCAUGCCCCAGCGCAAGAUCCUGUUCACCAACUCGGACCGCGCCCACAUGAGGAGGUCGCUGGAGCGGCUGGGCCUCGACGAGGCCCUCUUCGACGACGUCGUGUGCUUCGAGACCAUGAACCCGCACCUCUUCGGUGAGGAGGCGGCGGAGGACGACGCCGCCGACGUCGACUGCCCCGCCGUCGUCCUGAAACCGUCCGUCCACGCCUUCGCCACCGCCCUGCGCGUCGCCGGCACAAACCCACGUCGAACGCUCUUCCUCGACGACAACGAGAGGAACAUCGCGUCGGGAAAAGCUCUCGGCCUCCGCACAGCCCUGGUUGGCAAGAGGGUGAGGAGCAAGGAGGCGGACUAUGCGCUGGAGACCAUCGGCGGCCUCCGGCGAGCCAUCCCGGAGAUCUGGGGCGGCGCGGCCGACGGCGAGCUGCAGCCCGACCACAACGUGGAGAGGAACAAGAGCAUGAGGGCCGAGCUGGACGCCGUCAUCCAGCCCACGUCCAUCCAGGCAUGAUCGACCCACUGAUCGAUCGAUCGCGUCCAGCUCCAAUCCAGACGCUACCUGUCCAUAAUGCAGCGUCGCUAAUAAGGCUCCCCUCCUGUAUGUAUGUGAUGUUGUGAUCAAUCUGAUUAAGUCCUGAUGCUUAAUUAUGCGUGUGUACAGUCGAUAUGCAUGUACAGUAGUGGUACCUACCAGCUGACAAACAGAAUAAAAGGCAUGUAUGAUUCUGAUCAGCACCGUGUUGCAAAGCAAAUUAAGCAAAGCAGCUCAAUUGCAGUA